ACCAAAAUGGCAUCUUCUCCUUCACCCUCACCCCAUGACCGCAGUAGACCCGAAGAUGAAAAUGAUCCAGUGGAGCAGAUGAUCAGCAGGACUGGCUGCGCUGCACUGCACUAUGCAAUCCAGGAUUGCAUGGCAGAACACCAAGAUUGGAGAAAAUGCCAGAAACAGGUUAAGGACUUUAAAGACUGCAUGAUGUCAUUCCAGAAUGCCCAUAAAGAGCAGCUGCUAAGGAAAAGAGCUUCAGAUACAGAAUCAGCCUGAAAAAGGAAAAAAAGUCCUCUGACAGUCUCCAGUUGGGAAAUGGAUGCGACAUCAUGUUGUGAAGUGUCAAUGAAUAAAUCUUGGACAAUUCAGCAAUGAUAUUGUUUUAUUCUGUGUCCUCAAAUGAAACUACAGUUAUUCUCCAGAACAAUUCAGAUGCCAGCUUGAAUGUUCUAUUGUUGUCCAUCACUUUUUUAAAUAACAGUAUGUUUUAAUAACAGUAUAUAUGACUGGCCCAAUAUUUUUGGCAAUGAUUUGCCUCACUUUUCAAAAAUAAAAUGUAGACAAUUUACAA